AAAAAGCCCUAAACAUAUAAUAUUUUCAGUUCUUUACCUUUCUCCUCUUCAGUUCAUAGUUGCUGCAAAAACCUCAUCUUUCGCCGAGAUCUGACUGCACUUCUUUACCCUUCUCUUCAAACACUCUUCAAUCUUCACUCACAAUGUCGGCUAUGAUGCAACCCCAGAUCAUAUUGUUGAAGGAAGGGACAGAUACAUCACAAGGGAAGCCUCAACUCAUAAGCAACAUAAAUGCUUGUGUGGCCGUCGGCGAUGUGGUUCGUACCACUCUUGGUCCAAGGGGGAUGGACAAGUUGAUUCAUGACGAUAAAGGAAAUACUACUAUUUCUAAUGAUGGGGCAACCAUUAUGAAGUUACUUGAUAUUGUUCAUCCUGCUGCUAAGAUCCUUGUUGAUAUUGCUAAAUCACAAGAUUCUGAGGUCGGCGAUGGAACCACCACAGUCGUAUUGCUUGCUGCUGAAUUCUUAAGAGAAGCCAAACCUUUUAUUGAAGAUGGCAUUCACUCUCAGAAUCUAAUCCGUAGUUAUCGAACUGCAUGUAAUUUGGCUAUUGAGAAGAUCAAGGCCUCUGCUGUUAGUAUAGAGGGAAAAAGUUUGGAAGAAAAAAAGAGUUUGUUGGCAAAGUGUGCUUCGACAACUCUGUCUUCAAAGCUAAUUGGCGGGGAAAAGGAGUUCUUUGCUUCUAUGGUGGUUGAUGCUGUUCUUGCAAUUGGCGAUGAUGAUAGGCUAAAUAUGAUUGGAAUCAAGAAGGUUCCGGGUGGUACUAUGAGGGACUCCUUCCUAGUAAACGGAGUUGCGUUCAAGAAGACGUUUUCAUAUGCGGGGUUUGAACAACAACCUAAGAAAUUUUUGGAGCCCAAAAUCCUUUUGUUAAAUAUUGAGUUGGAGCUGAAGUCGGAGAAAGAAAAUGCUGAGAUAAGGCUAUCAGAUCCAUCACAAUAUCAGUCAAUUGUUGAUGCUGAAUGGAAUAUCAUUUAUGAUAAAUUGGAUAAAUGUGCUAAGAGUGGAGCCAAAAUUAUACUAUCGAGGUUGGCUAUUGGUGAUCUAGGCACACAGUAUUUUGCAGAUAGGGAUAUCUUUUGUGCUGGCCGUGUUGCAGAAGAAGAUUUACAGAGAGUUGCUGCUGCAACUGGUGGAACUGUUCAAACGUCUGUUAACAACAUCAUUGAUGAGGUCCUUGGAUCAUGUGAAAUCUUUGAGGAGAAGCAAGUUGGAAAUGAGAGGUUUAACAUAUUUAGUGGUUGCCCCUCAGGUCAGACUGCCACUAUUGUUCUGCGGGGUGGAGCAGACCAGUUCAUUGAGGAAGCUGAACGGAGUUUACAUGAUGCAAUCAUGAUUGUUAGAAGGGCUGUUAAGAAUUCUACUGUAGUCCCUGGUGGCGGUGCUAUAGAUAUGGAGAUAAGCCGAUAUCUGAGACAGCAUGCACGCACAAUUGCUGGAAAGUCUCAGCUUUUUAUCAACUCUUAUGCAAAGGCACUUGAGAUUAUCCCAAGACAACUCUGUGAUAAUGCUGGCUUUGAUGCAACUGAUGUGCUGAACAAACUGAGACAGAAACAUGCACUCCCAUCUGGCGAGGGAUCACCAUUUGGUGUAGACAUCAAUACUGGGGGAAUUGCUGAUUCAUUUGCCAACUUUGUUUGGGAACCAGCUGUUGUUAAGAUCAAUGCUAUAAAUGCUGCUACGGAGGCGGCUUGCCUCGUCUUAAGUGUUGAUGAGACAGUCAAGAAUCCUAAGUCGGAAAGCGCUCAAGGAGAGGCUGCUGCAAGUGCUAUGGGGGGAAGAGGGCGUGGUGGCUUUCGCGGUCGUGGGCGAGGGAUGAGAAGGUGAUGUGAAAGGCGGUUAAUUCCACAAGCAGAUUCUUUGCGGGUUAGAAUAGUUCUUCUCUCGAGUUGUUUUCUUGCGGUUUUUAUAUAUAUUAUUUAUGAUCAGUGGCAACUGACUUAUGUUUUUCUUUCUUUGGUUUUGUUUUCAAGAUCAUGUUUAAUUAUUUAUAUUUGAAAAAAAAUGUUUUGCUUAACAUUUCCAUAUUUCUGGUUUGAUCUUAGAAAAUUAAUAACAUAUUGGUUUUUGGUACUUCAAAUUCAUCUUGUUACAAUAUGAAUGAGUAUGAUUAUGGAAUUUUGUUUAUUCA